UAUUACUCAUUAAAUGAAACUGAUCACUGAAACACUUACAUUCCCACAGCCAUGGCCUCUGCCCAUCCUUUGAGGAAGCUACUGGAAGAAGUGGUUUGUCCCACGUGUCGGAGUUACUUCAAGGAUCCAGUAAGCAUAGACUGUGGACACAACUUCUGCCGAGUUUGUAUCACAGAGCACUAUGAAAAAAUGGAAAUGGAAACAGAGGAAGUUUUCUGUCCACAAUGCAGAAAAAAUAUCAAGAACGAGAAUUUCCAGACCAACAGGCAGCUUGCCAGAAUGGUGGAAAAUAUCCAGCAAUUAGGGAUAAAACCUGAAGACCCAAAAAAGCAGAUAAUCUGCAGGGAGCAUGAGGACAAACUCAAGCUGUUCUGUGAAGAUGACGGUGAGGUGAUCUGUCUGGUUUGUGAUAACACCCAGGAGCACAGAUCUCACACGCUGGUGUCCAUUGAGCAGGCUGUGCAGGAAUACAAGGUGAAACUCCACAAAGACAUUGAGCUUCUGAAGAAAGCAGUAGAGGAGAUUUCAAAGUUGGAAUCCAAGGAACAAAAUAAACCCAAUGACUGGAAGGAAAGAGUAAAGUGCCAGAGACAGCGAAUCUUGUCUGAAUUUGAGAAACUGCAGCUGCUUCUGAAUGAGGAAAAGGAACUCUUUCUCCAGAGACUGUCAGAGGAAGAGAGGGAGACUUUGAAGAAACUAAAUGAGAAUGUAACCAAACUCUCCCAGCAAAGCUCCUCUCUUCAGCAGCUGAUCUCAGAGAUCCAGGAGAAGUGUCUGCAACCGGCCAUGGAGCUGCUGAAGGAUGUAAAGGACACACUGAUCAGGAGUGAGCAGGUGAGGCUGCAGAAACCAGAGCUCAGUGCUGUUGAACUGAAGGAUGCGUACGGAGUCCCUGGCAUGAUGGAAAUGCUGCGGGAAUUCACAGUGGAUGUGACUCUGGAUCCAGACACGGCAAAUCCCAACCUCGUCCUGUCUGAGGAUCGGAAACGUGUGAGACACAGAGACACAAGACAGGAUCUGCCCGACAACCCUGAAAGAUUUGAUCUUUGUCCCUGUGUCCUGGGCACUGAGGGAUUCACGGGCGGGAGGCAUUACUGGGAGGUGGAGGUGGGAGAUAAGACUGACUGGGACCUGGGAGUUUGUAGGGAAACUGUGAGCAGAAAAGGGAAGGUCACACUCACACCUAGGAAUGGAUACUGGGCCAUGUGGCUGUGGAAUGGGGAAUACAAGGCCAACAACUCCCCCUCGACCCUCCUUCCUGUAAGCGUCAGGCCCAGCCGGGUGGGGAUUUUCCUGGACUAUGAGGCGGGCGAGGUCUCAUUUUACAAUGUGACUAACAAGUCCCAUCUGCUCACUAUCGCUGACACCUUCUCUGGGAUGCUCCGCCCUUAUUUCAGUCCCUAUCUCAAUAAGGAGGGUAAAAACUCAUCCAAGAACUUAUGA